AUGGAAGACAAAAAACGAUUACGGAUUAAUGGCACUUUUCGGUGGACAGAACAGCAAACUAGAGAUUUACUUACGAUUGUCUUUGACAAUGUGAAGGCUAAUCCGGAACAGUUUGAGAAACCAACUGCUCAAAAAUUUUAUGAUCGCAUUACGGAAAGUGCACCAAAUUUACGCAACAUCAAAUGGGAUACUAUGCGUACAAAAAUGAGGCAUCUUAAAACAAGUUUUUUGACCGCACUCAAGUGGAAAGGCCAAACGGGAGCAGGAUUGCUUGAGAGUGGAGAUGUAAAAAGUGUUGAAGAAUACAUCAAAAAGACUUGUCCAUUUUAUGAUGACCUGCACGCAAUAUUUGCACGGCGCGUAAAUAUCCAGCCGCCAGCUAUCUACCAGUCUACAGAGCCAAUCUUAUCGCUGGCGAAUAAUGAAGAGGAGGCGUUAUUAGAAAUUGAUUGUGAAACAUCUUCUACGACUUUACUUGAAAGUCCAUUAGUAAGUCCGUCGGUUAUACUUCCUCCAACAUUUUCUGAGAACCAAGUUAGUCCGCCUUGUACUUUGGCAUCAGAUACUCGCACACUAAACAAUACAACCACACCAAAAAGAAAUUUGAAGAGACCUCAAAGCUCGAACUCAUUCGCUUUAUUAUUUGAAAUUCAAAAGAAAAAGGUGGAACUAGAAACACAAAAACUGGAAUUGGAAAAAGAAAAAGAGGAAAACCAAUUUAAAUUGCAGAAACUACAGCUGGAGAAAGAAGAGAGAAUCGAAAUGGAAAAAUUACGAUUAGAGCACGAAAGAUUGAAAAGUGCAAAUAACUAA